GUAUCUGGGGGUAUUCGUUAAUCAGUUUUCGUUAUAUUUCUUUUUAGCUUUUUUUUGUUUUCGAAUCCAUUAAUGGGUUAGUAAGGCCCUUCGGUGACUAAUUCUGUUGAAAUGUUUAUAAAUAGCAUCUUAAGUCAAGGUCUCACAAAACAUUGCUAUAUUUUUUUUAAUUUAAUGAAAUCCUUUACGAUGGCUACAUUAUGCAUCUCAAAGUUUGUGUUCAGAGUAACCUUCAAAAAUCCUUACAUCUUAAAACAUCUACCUUCUCGUUGGCCUCUGCGAUUUAUUUUUUAAAAUAAUACAUCGCAUCUAAUCUGCUAUUCCUGUAUAUACGCUCUUUUAUCGAAUCAAUCUUGAUGUUGGUAAGGCAAUCAAGUGGUUUGUACAUGCUGUGUAUUUUAACCAAACCCAGGAUCUAAUCAAGUUUUAAAUUGUGUAUUGCAGUACUGGUCUUUAUGUUAAACUUGCGUUUGUUAAUGUGUUAUAAGCAUAGUUUGGAGUAUCUACAUCAGCAGAAAUAAAGAUUGACAGUCGAAUAUCAACUGGAUGGCAUCGCAAGUUAAAUCUAUUGGUCGUGGAUAAGUAAUAGCUGAAGAUUGUUUGGUUGAAGUGAAGAUCCGAUAGGAAAUCCAACAAUUGAACAGUCCACGGGCAAGCACAUCAUCAGUGUCCAGGACGAUGGACAUCUGAACGCCAGCUAGCGAAUCUGCGAUCAGCCUAGGAGCAGCGCGCCGUGAGAGGACUCUCGGAUAGCCAGACAGUGAACUCUCUGUCAGUACUAGAAAAGAAAUAAAUAACUAAUCAAAUCAAAUCAAAUCGAUUGAUCAAGAUGAGUGUGAUUAUUCGGUUACAAAAUCUGCCGUGGACGGCAAAUGCGCGCGACAUUCGAAACUUCUUCUCGGGCCUCUCGAUUCCCGAGGGCGGUGUCCACAUUAUCGGCGGCGAGAUGGGCGACGCUUUCAUCGCUUUCAGCACCGACGAGGACGCCCGCUGCGCAAUGUUGAAGGAUCGCGAGAAGCUGAUGGAGAUCCAGGUGCGCCUGCUGCUCUCCUCGCGGGCCGAGAUGCAGAAGGUCAUUGAGACGGCUCGGAAGGGAGCCGUCGCUCCGGCGCCCAUUUCCGUUCCGGUUCCCAUGCCAGUUGUUGCACCCACUCCGGUGCCCAAGCCGCCGAGUCUGGCUGCUCCCAUGCCUCCGAUUAUCGGGGGCUUAAACAGCUUCCUAAGCCAAAGCAAGGUGGCGGCGCCAGCCGGUGGGGUGCCCUCUUUCCUGACCUACCAGCAACAGGCCGGGAUCCAGCUCUCCGAGAUCACGGGCAACCGCAGUCGCAGCCGCUCCUCCAGUUCCGAUGACAGCGAUAGGGAGCGUGAGAGGGAACGCGAACGGGAACGUGAACGAGGUCGCAAACGUCGCUCCGACCGUUUGGACAAUAGCCACGAAAGGGAGAUCAAGAUGGCAGCGUCGCUAUCACCCUGGGCCCAGCCACCUCAAAAUCAAAUGCCAGUUGCAGGUGGCUUGGGACUCAACAUGGGUUUAAGCCUCAACAUGCCACCGGUUUUACCCUCGUUGCAAAGCUACACCACUAGUACCACCACCAACAACGUAACUAACAACUACAAUCUCGCUCCGAGUGCUCCCAAUGCCCAACUGCUGGCCGCUCUGCAGCAAGUGGCCGGCGGCGGUGGUGGUGGUAGUGGAGUUGGUGCACCUGCUCCAGUGCAGCCCACCAAGUCCGAAGGCGAGCCCAUUGCCUUUGCCAGCGAGAAUCCCUAUGCGCAGAUGUACCCGCAGCUGUUCCAGCAACAGCAGUUGCUCCUCCAGCAGCAGCAGACUCCGGCCAAGGUGUCGCCCUCCAUUGGCGGCUCUCCGGGCGGUGGAAACACACCCCAGGUCAUCGCAGACACCUGCUACAUUCGGAUAAGUGGCAUGUGCCAGAAUACCUCCUACAGCGACAUCCGCAAGUACUUCCAGGGGCUGUACAUUCCACACAAUGGCAUCAAGAUCAUGAUGUCGAAUGGCAACCGCACCGGAGUGGCCUACGUGGAGUUCUCCCGCGUGUCCAGUGCCCAAAAGGCGGUGCAGCGGAAUAAUACUAUGUUCCGGGAUCGCUUGAUUCAGAUAGCCCCAGUGGGCGACGAAGAAUUCGAGCAGGCGGAGGAACGCGCCAAUCGACAGCAAAGCGAGGGAAACCGGAGUCACAACCACAACGGCGGAGAGAGAAGCGAACGCAGCGGUGGAGGAGGAGGAGGUAUGCCCAUGCCCAUACCCAUAACCAAUGUCCUCUAUGUGGAGGAUCUACCACAGCUAACCACCGAGCAGGAGGUCAUGAAGAUGUUCUCCGCCAGCUACACCGUUGUGGACAUCCUUCUGAGCCCCAGUCCCAACAAUCGUCGCGAGUGCGUGGCCUUUGUCCUGUUUGCCAGGGAGACCGAUGCAGAGGCUGCUCUGCAGGACACCUCCAAGCACUAUAUAGGAUUCCGCCAGCUGAGGGUGAGGCCCAGCAGUCAGGCCGAGAUGCAGAAUGCUAAGGAGAAGCAGCGCAGGGCCAACGAGCAGCUGCUCAAGGAGGAGGCCGAUCAGCGGGAGGAGCUCUUAAAGGAUCAGCAAAGGAGGCAGAAGCUGCAGCAACAGGAGCAGGAGAACAACAACCAGGCGAACAGGUUCGCCGCCGAUCCCAGAAGACGUCAGGUGGAUGAGCAGCAGCAGCAACAACAACAGCUACAGCAGCAGCUUCAGAUGCAGCAGCAGCAGAUGAAUAUGGGGUCCAACCACAAUAUGAAUCCCAAUAUGAUGUCUGCCUUUAUGAACGGUGGUAAUAUGCCCUUCAACAUGCCACCUCAGCAGCAAAACGGCGGCCCCAACUUCCCGUUCAACAUGAAUAACAACUUCAACAUGAAUAACAACGGCAAUCCCAAUGGCAAUGGACCCAACUUCCCCAACGACAAUGGAGGCGGUGGCGGCAUCCAACGUCCUCGGCAAGAAGACGUCUUCGUGCGUGUCCACAACUGCGAGUAUGCCACCAGGGUCAAUGAUCUGGGCGAACUCUUCUCCAUAGAACAGCUGGGCAUCGAGCACAUCGAACAGCUUUUCAAUGAGCGUAACCAGAGUUCCGGCGAAUUCAUUGUGGAGUUCACCGAUCCGGCCAGCUGCAAGCAGGCCAUCCGAGAGUUCCACAAUCGACGCUUUCGGGGAAGGGGCUUGCGUGUGGUUUCGAUCACACCCCAGGAGAUAGCUGAUAGGAUGAACAAGCCCUUCAUGGACUAUCUGCCCGGAGGAAACGGUUCCAGAAAUGUGGAAAAUAACGAUGUGAGCGGAAGUGGUAGUGGAAACGGAAAUGGAGGCAGUGGAAGAUCUGAUGGCGGUAAGGGAGCACAGCCAUCUCGUCGUCGUGGACCCAGUCGCUUCGAUCAGCCGCAGGAUCAGCCACCAGAACACCUGGAGCGACAGCAGUCCUUGGAAAAGGAGGAGAACAGCAAUAGCAGCUCCAACGCCCCCGUCAAACAGCACUUCAAUCCCUUCGCGCGACCGGAUCCCCCGCUGAGCAGCAGCUCGCUCUCGCCCAGCAAUGUGAGCCAAGGCAAGCAGGCCUCUCCGGUGCCCGUCCCAACUUCCCAAAUCCCGGACAAGUUCAAUCGUCCGGGAUGUGUGGUGGCCAUGCGAAAUGUCCCCUUCAAGGCGGAGCUAAAGGAUAUCCUGCGCUUCUUCGGCGACUACAAGCUCAGUCCUGACGACAUCAUCAGGCGUUUCAACGAUGAAGGAAAACCCACCGGAGAUACUCGGGUGGCUUUCGAAUCCCCUUCAGAGGCACGGUCCGCUUUCGAAUCGCGCCGCAGGAAGCAGAUAUUUAAUCGCACCGUUUACCUGGAUAUUAUUUAGGCUAUGGGCCCCCUCGACUGUUUGACCAUCGCUAGUGUACAUUGUAAAUAAGUUAUAUUAAGACUAACACCAAACACAUUAACCAGGUAAGGACAUGGACAGCUUAGAGGUCUGGAUUUCCCGUGCCCAAUCUGUUUCAUUUGGCAUGUACAUAUACCUGUUUGAAUAAAUCUAGAAAUCAUGCGCAACAAUGCGAUUAUUCUGUGUAAAGAAACCGCUAAAACAUUAAGUUAUUAAUUUAAAUGUGGAACUACUUUACCCAAAGACUCAUCGUAACAUCAUGAAUCUAUCGACGCAUAUGUUCUAUUUUAUUUUUUAAAACCAAUGCCAUCUAUGUAAGUUUUUCAAACAUAUUUUAAUUUUAAGAACAUCAUCGUAGGAUUGUAAGUCGAAACAAAAUAAAACUUUGUUUGAAAUGUUAUAAAA